GCUGGCUGAUCUGCAGAGCCAGUGUGGACUCUGACCCUUCCGGGAAUCGAAACCCGAUGUCUGGCCCGCAAUCUGGUCAUUAUACAACAUUUCUCAGUACCUGAUGUAAGGGUUAUACACGAUCAGCUUCAGACGAUGUGCUUUACAGGAAGACCCUUGGCUGGAUGGGCCCGACUUCAACAUUUCGUUUCUGCGAAUGGUAGGCCAGAGUUCGUCCUAAAUGGAACUUGUUAUAUCGAGAUAUGGAAGCUUCCAGUUGUAUAUCGUACUCUUUUACGUUUCCUAAGCCGUUUUGCGUUGCAUGAGUCAUGAGAAUACUUCUGAAAUAAAUGUAUGCAAUAUGCUGAGCAUUGCUGCAGAAAAGAGAAGCCUUUGGGUAGCCCACGCGCAGUCGUCACACCAAGGCCAGCCCUGUCACCGCAGUGUUGGUCUGCAAGCAUGGCGGGCGGAUGCUGCGUGCUGCUACUCCUGCUAGCAAGUUCCGCUUCAGCGGCCUUCGUGACGAAUCUCCACGCAGCCUGUUUCCGUUGCUUGUGCCAGGCCGCCAACGAAUGCUCCACUAAUCGGCCCUGUUCUAAGGGCUAUUGCGGUCCAUUUUCCAUUUCGUACAUCUACUGGGCCGAUGCAGGCCGACACGUACUGGCUGACGACGAUCCGGAGAGAAAAGAAGCAUACCAAAGCUGUGCGCUGGACUAUGACUGCGCCAGCAGAACUGUGGCGGGAUACAUGGAGAAGUAUGGCCGGGACUGCAACGGCGAUGGCGCAACGAACUGUGAUGACUACGUCAUGAUCCACUACAAUGGCGGCGGGAGUUGCCAGACGCCCAUCGACGAUAAACUAUUCAAUAAUCGGUACAACAAAUGCCGGGUGGACGCCAUAGCGAUGGACUGACGUUUUUGUGCUGCCAUCUCUCACCUCGUCCUGGAACCGCAUGGUUUCAAAUCAGUGCGACUGCCUGGGCUUUCUUUUUCAACGCUACCUACCUCCAGAAGUUGAUAAAGCAUCGUCAAAUAGCCUUGUAACUCAGUGUACAGUAUUUGUAUGAAAAAUAUUAUGCAAGAACCAAAUGCAAUGAUGUCAGAGUCCAUUGCUCAAGGCAGUGAUGGCGACUCACCUAUACCUGUCUCACUGUGUCAACAACAAACACCGACUCUAGUGUUCUUAGCUAUUACAAAUACAGGACUAUGUUGUGUAUUAUGUUUUGAAGUAAACGAGAAAGAAGCGAUCCAGUCCAGUGCUGCGUGGAAGAAAACUGUUACCACUGAAACCAUUUCGUAAGGUAAGGCGACUUCAGCUUCAUGCUGCGUGUGACUUUACCCUUGGGGUGGUUAAUAAAUUUACUGUCAAUUA